GUGUUUGACAUCAGUCGUCCGUCAUCAUAUGAACAAGUUCAAAAGUGUAAAGCGACAAAACAACCAAUUUCAGAUUUGUUGAAAAUGUCUGGACAGUAUCCAAGCGGCUUCAAUAACCCCGCUAAUUUUGGCAAUCAAAUGAAUCCGAUGCGCAACCCUCAAAUGAACAUGAAUAUGAACAUGGGAAUGCCGAACCAAAUGGGUAUGAUGAACAACCAAAUGAACUUCAACCAACAAGGUUUAAUGCAGCAACCGCAACCGUCGCAAGCACCGCAAUCUCAGCCCAUGCAAAGUCCGAACAUUGGACUCGGUCCUACAAGUUUGUCACAUGGAAGUGAAAUGGGUCCAAUUGCCCAUGUUUCGCCCCAGCAUCAAAUGCAGCCACAAGUCGGUCAACAGCAACAGCAAUCAAUGUGCUUGGACACGCCAACAACGGCCAAUCCUGGAAGUGUUUCUAAUAUGAUCCGUAGUCUUGGCAAUCCACCCGGAACAGUUCAAUCACAACCACAAGCAAACCAGCAACAACAGCAACAGCAGAAGGAAUUCAACGUUGUUAGCUUGUGUCGUUUCGGACAAGAGACAGUUCAAGACAUAUCAAGUCGCUUUCAGGAAGUCUUUGCUGCUUUGAAAAGCGUUCAACCUCCAAACAUAAAUAAUCCAUUGCAGAACGCUACAGAGAAAAAGGUCACCGAACAGUUCCGAACCAUUCGUUUGCUAUUUAAACGGUUGCGAUUAUUGUUCGAUAGGUGUAACGACAGUUGCCAGCAAGAUUUGGGCAUGGAGUACACGCACAUCGAAAGUUUAAUACCUCUGAAAGAUGAACCAGAUCAUAAACUAGAUCCAGCGCCGAGUGAAGAGUAUAAAAAACAUUUACAAGAAAACAGAGAACUGACUGAAGCUGUAAUGAUUAAGAAUAAGCAAUUGAGAGAGAUUAUAGAUCGUAUCCGGAUCAUAAUCUGGGAAAUUAACACCAUGCUGAGUAUGCGACGGACCUAUAAUAAUUGAUAGAUGUUUUUCAUUUGGGAAUAAAUUAACUUUUUAAGAUUUUAUUGUGACCAGAAAUCGCAAUGAAGACUUUGAUAAAAAAA